AUGCAUCCUGCGCACGCGUCGGAUUUGAGAAAGAUCCAGACGCAUUUUGGAGACAAAAUGGACAGCGCUGUUGGUGCUGCCAGCGAGCCCCCAACCCCCGCCUCGCCUGACAGCGGCGAAGCCCGCGGCCGUCGACGCGACAGGGACGACGAUGGCGACACGGCCGAUGGCGACGGCGACGGCCAUGGCUCCUCGAGAAAGAGGCGGCGCAGCAGAAAGGGCCUCGACAAGAAGUUUGAGUGCCCCCACGAGGGCUGUGGCAAGAGCUACUCCCGCGCAGAGCAUUUGUACCGCCACCAACUGAACCAUAAUCCAAAGCAAAUAUACCACUGUGAUUUCCCAGACUGCCAUCGCUCCUUUGUCCGACAAGACCUCUGCGCGCGCCACAAGGAAAGACACACGGCCCGCGGCUCGCAAUUGCUGCGCAAAGACACUUUCAACAUGCACAACCUAAACCCCAUCGUGACUGCCGCACUGGGAGGAAAGAGCGCACCACCUCCCAAAACGCUGAGCAUGAAGAGCCAAGGACCACAUGGCCUGCAAUCUCCAGCUUCUGCAUCUUCCAACGGAGCACCCAGCGCGCAAAUGUCACCGCCAAACUUCCAGUCGCCAACCCCAACCACAGCAACGCAUAGCAGGCAAGACUCGCUGCAAAGGGCAGGGAGCGAUGAUGCCUACCGAGGCAGCUCCGAGGCCAAGCCUUAUGAUAUGCAGGCUCAGAAUUCAGGGAACUUUGCACCCCCACCCCGUCCGGCCGCAUUGGGCAAUUACGGGGGAGGCCGGACGUCUCUCCACAACUCCCCACAUGUGGGUAAUGGCAGCUUCACACGGCCCGAGCUACGCGCGCAGACGUCAAACGUGAGUUCGUACAGCUCAACAUCACCCUACAAUUCGACCGUCACCCCGUCGCCAUACACCCACUCGGCCUCGUCGACCAGCUAUCAAAACAGCGCAAAAUACCCACAAUCCACUGGCACCCCUGCGUCUCGAGAACAUGAAAACCAAUACUACAAUGGCUCGUCCGCACAGACUCCUGUCAAUGGCGUCGACUCUUCAGCCCACAUAGACAACCGCAUGCAGGGCGUAUCCGACGCCAUGAUGGACCAGAACCCUGCAUACUCCAUACCAAUGUUUGGCAGUGCUGGAUACAGCCGAUCACCAUUCGCCAUGGCCGACGACUUUGCUGCCUGGCUGUUCAACGACAACCAGUUCAACCCUGGAGGUGGAUCACCCAUGGACUACCCCGGCGGAGUCAGCUCUACAGGAGGCGCGUCAAGUCAGAUUGGUCUUCAAGCUCCGUACUUCAACUAUGAUCCCUCGGUGGCUGGUUACCUGAACAACCCUGUACCGCCUUCCCACCCCAUGGCUGUUCACAGCAUCUUGGACACCACUCUUCCGGAAUCUGCCCUGUCGGAAGAGAAGCGCAAAGAUCUCAUUGACUUGAUUCAUCUCCGUUUCAACGAGACUGACCAUGCACCAGUCAAGAAGCAAAAGGAAGACAUCAUGGAUGGCGACAAGGACGAUAGCCGUCACGUCCUGAGUCUUCAUAUGAUGCAGACGUACAUUAGCUCGUACUGGGUUCACUUUCACCCGCAGCUGCCGAUACUGCACAAGCCAACCUUCAACGCUAGUACUUGCCCAGACCUCUUGCUGCUCGCCAUCAUGUGUCUAGGAGCGUCUUGUCUGGAGAAGACGUAUGGCCGGGAAACCACACAAGCGUGUGCUGAGCUGGCCAACUUCUUCGCCUGGCACUUGCGCUGGGAGAUGUUUAUGGAUGCCGAUUUCCGCCCACCCGCCAAACUUUGGAUAUUCCAGGGGCUGCUCUUGCUCGAGAGCUUCGAAAAGAUGUACUCGACGCGCCCACUACAUGAGAGAGCGCAUAUUCACCAUGCAACAACACUGACGCUAAUGAGGCGAGGAAGCUCGUUGAUUGGUCGUUCGGCCAUGGACUCACCUCCCAGCGUCAAGGACGGCAAAAGCAAUGGAAUUGCAAACACGCCAGACGAGUGGUGGAACCAUUGGAUCACCAACGAGGCUACUCGGAGAGCUGCUUUUGCCGCAUUCGUCAUGGACAGCAUCCACGCCACCAUGUUUGGCCACAGCGCUGUCAUGGUCGCCCACGAGAUGCGUCUUCCUUUGCCGUGUGACGAAGCCUUGUGGUCUGCGACGAGCAGUUCUGAAGUGGGUCGGGUUGAGCAGACUCUAACAUCAAACGGCAUCAAGCCCAUGUCGUUCCUUGACGGCCUUAAGAAGACACUCAAUGGACAGUCGGUCCGUACAAACUCGUUUGGGCGCACCAUCCUCAUGGCCGGCCUGCUAAGUGUAUCAUGGCACAUGAAUCAGCGAGAUUUGCAGGUCAGCUCUCUCGGUGUUACUACAGCGUUGGGUGGGCGCGAUAAAUGGCGAGGUUCUCUCACUCGGGCUUUCGACUUUUGGAAGCAGGACUUUGACAACUCACUCAAUCGAUCGAACGAGUCGUCUUCCUCAAACUCACACAGCCAUUCUCGAGGUAUCGACGACGAUAUUGUCUUCGAGUCCCGCACUGUCCUCCACCACCUGGCGCACAUGGCUAUGCAUGUGGAUAUUGUUGACUGCCAAAUUUAUGCCGGAGCACCCAGACUACUCGGCAGGUCAAUAACGCCACAAGACUACAAUGGCGCUCAACGCCGGAUGAAGGAUGUAUGGGCCCCCACAGCCCGAGCCCGGGACGCCACCUUUUACGCUCUACGCUUCCUGUCUAGCGUCAUGGUUGCUGGGGAUCAUAGUCUGAAUCCCAGCACCGCAGCAACUGCUGGCAUUUCUUACUCUGCACGCGACGAUUACCUCCUCAACCGACCGUGGGUGCUGUAUUUUGCCACGUUGAUUGUGUGGUCGUAUGGAUUCGCACUCGACGGACCAGUCAAGGAGCCUUACCAGCUUCCUACUUAUGACGACAAGGUCAGAGACAUGGUCUUGUAUCUCAACCGGGUUGGUGGAGUCAGGUCGCCUGAGGACUUGAGCAAGGUCACAAACCGCAAUGCCUGCUUGGGAUUGCUCAUCAUCAUGAGGGAUAUGUUCAAGAAGACAAGAUGGGAGUUGCUGCACGAAGCAAGCAACUUGCUGAACAAGUGCAUUGAGAUGCUCAUUCCAGGUGCAACUGUGGUAUAAGCACACAUAUGGACGAUGAUGUUAUUCUUUUUGCUUCUCAAUGCCGCAACAUCGGAUCUGACCAGCAAAAUCUACGGGGUCAGGUAAUUAUGUUUAUCACGAGGUUAUGGUAUGCCAUGUAUAUGCUUUUCAAGGCCUGUCUUUUCUGCUGUAUUUGCAUUCUAGCGAAGGAGUGUUGUUUUAUAUGAUAUUUUU